AUGAUGCUGGAGUUCAUCCUGCACAAGUCCAUGUGUGAAGACUUUGUUACAUCAUUGUAUGAUAAGGAUCCCCUACCUGGGAGUAAUGUCCGUUGGCUUUCACUGCACAAUAAAAUUUCUGAAAGGUACAAAAUGAAUCCAAAGAAUUUACGUCUUGUCCGGUCCCUGACAGUCUUCGGUAAGGCGCACAAAUCUGUCUUGGACUUUUCCAUGUACAAACUGUUGCGGGUCUUGGAUCUAGAAGAAUGCAAUGAAGACUUGGAUGACAAGCAUCUCAAGGAGAUAUGCAAUCUGUUGCUGCUCAGAUACCUAAGCCUCGGGGGCGCUGUUAUGGUUACUAUGCUUCCCAAAGAGGUCAAGAAGCUUCAAUUUUUGGAGACAUUGGACAUAAGAAAAACCAAGAUAGAGAUUCUGCCCACACAGGUCAUGGAGCUGCCAUGUUUAGUUCAUCUGUUUGGGAAAUUCAAGCUCCAGCACAAUGUCGGAGACCGGAGAAUGCGUAAGCUAAAGACUUGGUUAUCAGAGAAUAGCAAAUUAGAAACACUCGCCGGAUUUGUUGUGGACAAGAGCCAAGAAUUGCCACAGCUCAUGGAUCAUAUGGAGUACCUGACAAAGGUGAAAAUAUGGUGCGAGUCCACCGGCGCCAAUGCCUUUGCCAACAACAACUUAAGUCAUAUCUCAAAAGCCAUUAAGGGGUUCAUCGAGAGAGGCACCCAACCAAACGAAGCUCGUUCACUCUCGCUGAACAUCAACGAUGAAUGGUCCCAAGAUAUUCUGGAUUUCUCUUUGGAUAAAGAUUACUCCUACUACCUUAGCUCACUCAAGCUACGAGGGAACAGAAUAUGCAGCCAGCUGCCUCUGUUUGUUACCAUGCUGGGUGGUCUCACUAAGUUGUGUCUGUCAUUCCCUGAUGAUCAUAAGCUGAGUGGUAAGUUUCUAGAUUCCCUGAGCAGAGUGUGUGGCUUGGAGUACCUGAAGCUGAUUGCCACUCAACUAGACAAGCUCGUCAUUGGACAAGGCGCACUGAGAAGCCUGCAACGCCUAUGCGUCAUGGUAGAAGUCAUGACUGAGCUGGAAAUCCAAGAAGGAGCUAUGCCACGCGUCGAAUCACUGCAGCUGCUAUGUACGAACCUGAAUGGAUUUAGUGGGACGACGAUCCAGUGCCUUCCACGUCUUAAGGAGGUCGCUCUCCAUGAUGGACUAAGCAAUCAAACAAAACAGGACUGGAAAGAGGCAGCAAAGAGACACCCAAGACAUCCCAAGCUCUUAUUUGUCACGAGAGAAAUGGUUAAUGAUGCGAAAUUUACCCCUGCAGCAACAGUUACUGAUAUGAUGGCCCAAGAGGUUCCUAUGGGAAGUAAGCUUGCAGAGAAAUUUGAGAGCCCUGUGAUACCGCCUACUGAUACGACGUUAUCAAUGAGAAAGCCUCCUGGCGCCAUUUCUUCUGAGCUGAAAAGUGAGCCUGUUGUGGAAAUCCCCAUGGCACCAGCUGCUACAACUAAUAUGACAUUGCCGGUGAAUCAUGACGCUUCUACUAAUGCACAACAAGAAUAUUCUGAAAAAACCAUGUGGCGCCAGUUACUAUUGACAAUGCGACCUUCUCGGUGA